AUUUAUUUGACCAACCAAAAAGUGGGGUCAUCAUAGUUUUCAUAAUCUCUCGUGAGCAAGAAGUUAGAGUUUCAAGAGCAAUCCAAGGACGACUAACAUUUUUUUUUUUUUUUGUUUUUUUUGUUGACAAAUGCUACGGGGAGUAUCUCAAAAGUGAAACUCUUUACGUAUUAUCUAUCAUUUUAUAUUUUUGACAUAAUAUUUUAUAAUGUUAACAUAAAAAUUGGCGUCAAAUAUAUUAGAAAAUUCAUGAAAAAUCUCAUUUUAAUUUGAGAGAGUCCUCUUAACAUUUAACUUUUUUUUAAAAAAAAAAAAUUGCAUGAAUUUGUGGAUUCGAUCCUCAAGUUCUGGUCGAUUGAUGCAAGCAACCAACUUUUGGACCACUUGCCAAUGGUUUUCUAGUAUAUGCGUGGUUUGAGUUUUCAAACAUUAAACAAGAAUCUGGAUGGUUCACGUUAUGUGACCGGCUAGUACUAGUGUACUUAUUUGGACCAACCCUAACUUCUUACUUGUAAAUUUUAUUUCCUAGCUUAAUUCAUGGAUUUCGGAGUGAGACUUUCCAACCUCCUCCCCCACUCUUUGGUUUGGCCAUGCACAUGCAAUAUAUCAUAUCUCUAUCUAUAUCUAUGGAUCUCUAUGCUGAUAUUAUUCUUUUAUAUAUAUAUAUAUAUCUGAUCCGUGAUCCCAAUAUAUAUAAAUAAUUACAGAUGUAUAUUGUGUACGUAACAUUUGGCCUUAACUAGCAGCUACGUGCGAUGGAAAUCAUGAACCAUGAAGGAAGUUUCUCCUUCAGCUGCUCCGAGUCCGACAUGAACUUUUCUUCCCUCUCACAUUUCACCGACGACGAUGAUGACGACGGUGAAUCGUACAUCGAAAUAGCGCUUGACCAUCAUCACCAUGAUCAUCCUAAACCAUCAAACCAAGAUGAUGAUGAGGAUGAAGAUCGUGAUCGUGGAGGAUUAGACCAUGCGGAUUACUUGCGCAUAUCGUUUUCGUCUAGUCUUCUCCCGGAGCUCUCCGCCACCACCCUUUCUCCCAAUCACGUCUCUAAGCCUGCUUCUGAUCACCCAAUAAACCAUAUUCCGUCGUCACCGACAGUAUCAUAUUCUUGCCCUCUCGAUUCUUCUUCCAUGGAAGGCAGUUGUAGGGGUCCGCUAGGAUCGGAUGAGCCUUCAAGGCUCAACAGAAGUACUAGUACAAAAGUAAGAUUGCCCAGAGUCAACCGGCUAGUCAACACGCUGCUGUUUGGUCUCCGGUCAUCAUCGGAAUCACCUACCCCUGCGGACGACGCUGACCUGGAACGGAGCAGGAAAACAUCAAACAAAAGAACCUCAAGAAAAGGUGGCAUCAUGAAGUUGCUCUUCAAGUUCCGAGCCAUGAAUCUUGGAGCCCUGGUAGCUUCAUUUGCAAAACCCCGCCAAGCUGCUUGCGACGAUGACGAUCCUCACCAAUCCCAAAACAUUAAUUGUCGACGCAAGAAUAACAACUCGAAAGAGAGUGGCAGCAAUGCUCUUCCAUGGUCGGUUCAAAAGAAGCAAGGGAAAAGCAGCAGGACCAAGAACUCUUCAGAAGCAGUAGGAGGAGGUGAAAAGUCCAGAGUAUUAUUGGAGAUAAACUUGAGCGCAGUUAGAGGGAUUUUAGAAGCUAUAGGAAAUAGCAUGAGCACAGGUGGUACUGGUCGGAAACAAAGAAGAACAAGGAGCUGCCCAAGUUCUAUUAAGUCCUCCCCAAUUCACCAAGGAUUCACAGGUGAUGACCAUAGUAAUAAAGUGUGCUUUCAUACAAGAGAAACCUCAAUUCAGGCUGCAAUUGCUCACUGUAAAACUUCAUUUGAACAAACAUCCAUGUCCUGAUUAAUUUUGGCUUUUGACGUAUACACAUGUUUGUUGUAGUGUGGUUUUA